UUUUUAUUAAUUAUUUGAUUGUAAGAUUACUUAGAUUACAUAUUAAGUGGCGAAUUUUAUUCUACAAGAAAAGAGCUCCCAUUUUAAAAAGUCAAAAUAUUAUGACAAUACAGAGAAUUAUCUAAUUACUUGUAUUUUUUUAUUAUUAUUUAUCAACGGAAGGAGAGCAAAAUUUUAUAAAGAAAAUUUAUUUCUUUUAUAAUAUAAUAUACAAUAAUUUGAAAGAAGAAUUACUAAAAGGAAGAAAUAAUUGCAAUUAUCACAAUUUAAUUUUUUCUGUGACACAUAAUUUAUAAUUAUUGUUUGAUGUCAACUAUAUAUAUUUAUCGUUGUUUAAUUAUACCAAUUAAAUACUAGUUAUUAUUAUAUAAACAGUUAAUGAACAUUUUUUAAAUAUUUUUGUGCUCUCUAUAAUUGUAAUUGCAUUUAUUACUUAAAAAUAUUAAUUUUAUUUUUAUCCACAUUUUAAUAUUUUACAAUACUUAAAAUUAUUAUAAUUUGUAAUAAAAUUUUGUUCAUAGUUGGUAGAACUUCAAACAUUAUUGUUACUAGUAUUAUAGCAGUAAUAACAGUAAAAAUAGAAUUCCUAACUAUAAUUAUUUUACCAUGCAAUUAUAGGCAAAUACUUUUCUUUCGGUGUUCUACUUUUUUGUGUAUAAAAUCUGUUUUUACAUUACACUUUUUCAAUAAAAUUUUAAAACUGCUAUUAAAUUUUAUUACGAUUUUUAAAUUAAUGAAUAUUAGUUUCAAUAAAGAGGAUAAUAUACAACGAUAAAUAUAGACUUCCUAAGAAAAUGCCAAGAAACAGCACUCCAUGCUGAACGGAAGUUUCAACAGCGGUAAACGAUCGAUCGUGUUAUUUACGCGCUCUCGCCAGACAAUACAAUGAUCGGUUUGCAUUUAUUAAAAAAUAAAAAAACUCAAGCCGUAAACCCCGACUUCCUAGAGAAUAAUUAUACGAAUCUCUUUACUGACGAAGUAUUCCUUCUUUACAGCGAACGGGACGUUCAAUAUCUUCGAAGCGGAAAGCGGAAGGCGUGCAGGAGAUGCAUUUUACCGAUAUCCAGGCUUCUUAAAAAAAAAAAAAAAAAAACGGAAACCGACAAUUGAAAUAGUCUUUGCGUGAUCGCGUAUCAUCUAUUGAUACACGUUUGUGACAAAAAAAAGAAAUCCGCGAUGAUCCUCGUGACUCCUCGAGCCGGCCAAGUUCUGGAGGAGCGCUGACAAGGCGCGAAAAGCCUGGAUCGCAGGACAGGAGGAAAAAAAAUGACCGUCGCGAUGGAGCACAAGCGGAAGAGCUCGUGGGACUCGAAGAUUUCGGUGAGCACGGUGAGCACCCGAAGAUUCAGCCGUGCCGGAACACCAAGCUCGAUCCUGUCGUCCGACAGCGACAUCCGUUUCACGAGGAAACUCGGCGGACAGUAUCGUUGCGGAUGCUGCGUCCUUGCCGCCUUCUUAUUCUUCCUCCUCUUCUCGGGGGUCUCCAUAUACCUCGGCUACACAUUUCUUACGUCGGAUCCACCCGGGGAUCAGGUAUUUCUCGCGACAUUCCGAGUUACCGAAGGCGAUUCCUUCACCGUGGAUCUGGCUGAUCCUACUACUGAAGCCUUCCGGCUACGGUCACGAGAGUAUCGCGAUCGCCUUAAUCUUAUUUUCCGUCGCAGCUGGCUGAAAUUGUCGUUCCUCGCAGCGGACGUCCUGGCACUCGAUGGGGUGGAAGGUCGCGAUUUGGUGGUGCACUUUGACGUGAGAUUCGAUCCGCGAUAUCAAACCAUAACCACCGGGAAUAUCGUGGACAUUCUGUCGCGGGAAUUAAACCCCGAUACCUCGCGAUACUUGGCAAAUCUGACGAUAGAGGCAAAAAGCCUCGAAGUACAAGAAAGCUUGAAGGCCCUCAACGCGCAGAGCAGUCCGCAGUCGACCGUCUCGACAUUACCGCCGACAACGACAGCUCCUCCGCCAAGAAGAUGCAGCAAGCUGGACCUGUCCUACUGUAAACAUCUACCUUACAAUAUCAGCUCUUAUCCGAAUAUGUUGGGACAUAGAUCACUGACGGAGGUCGAAGAGGAUGUUAUUGCUUUUAGAGAACUGGUGGACGCGGAAUGCUACGCGUUGGCCUAUGACUUCGUCUGUCAAGUGCUGCAGCCUGCAUGUCGGUCGAGUCAGCCGGAGGCUCUGCUGGAAUUGCCUUGCAGAAGCUUCUGUAGAGAGUUCUGGAGUGGCUGCGGCAGUCGUCUCCCCGAGAAGAUAAAACGCGCCUUGGAUUGCUCCAACUUUCCAGAGUAUGACGGUCCCGGUAGCUGCAGGCCAAAACCAGGAUGCGUGCAGGCGCUUCAGUCGAAAGCUUUAUCUCCGAGGAUUUGCGACGGCGUGAUCGAUUGCCCGGAUCUUUCUGAUGAGAAGAAUUGCGCCUACUGCCAGGAUGGUUACAUGCAUUGCGGAGUAGGAAGAACUUGUGUACCGCAUACGAAGCGAUGCGACGGCAAGAUGGACUGUCCGAACGGCAGCGAUGAAAAAGAUUGUCUAUUCCUGGCACCGAGCGUCCGCGAAUUAAAAUCACAAUCUUGGAGCACACCGCACGCCGCGAAGUACAACAAAGAGGGCUACGUUGUAUUCAAUGAGAAAGGUACCAUCGGCAAACUUUGCACGGCAAAUUUAAACGCCACUCUGCCAGAAACAGAAAUGGAUAACGUUCUCCAAACGGCAGCGAGCUCGUUGUGCACUUUACUCACGUACACCGGCGUAGCUUCCGUUGAAGUGAAAAUUGAUGACGAAGACGACGUCCCGUACGUGUAUAUGGAAGAUCCCUCAGCACCGGAAAUCACUUUUGUCCGAGCUCCUUGUCCUAGCAAAGAAGUUCUGUAUGUCCGCUGUUCCGAUCUCGAGUGCGGAAUACAAUCUCUACGUGCUAAUAGCGGAACUAAUGGUCUCAAUAAGAUGGCAGAACCUGGUGAUUGGCCGUGGCAUGUUGCACUCUUCAAGGAGGGAGUUCAUGUUUGCGAUGCUACUCUCGUGGCAGAUAAUUGGUUGCUCACAACCGCGUACUGCUUCCAAGGUCAACCGAAAGCAGAAUGGUCGGCCCGACUUGGUGUCGUACGACUUUCAAGUACAUCACCCUGGGAACAAGAACGCAGAAUCAUCGGUAUGAUCAAAUCACCAGUGGAGGGCACGACCGUUCUGGUGAAGUUGGAUAGACCGGUGACGACCUUUUCGGACUUCGUGAGACCGGUUUGUCUGCCCUCCAGCGAGGAUCCACCAAGCAAUACAUCGCAAUGUAACACACUUGGCUGGGCGAGAAAUCGUGAUUUACUGCAGAGAGUUCAACUUAAACAAAGUGCAAUGGAGAAAUGCGAAAACAUCAGCAUCCCUUCAGUAAACAGUGUUUGUACUGAGCAAGCAUAUUCGGCGGACGAUUGCAAUGAGGAAGAACUUGCCGGUAGUUCAAUGCUCUGUCUUCAAGAGGAUGGUCGAAAGUGGGCACUAACGGGCAUUGGUAGCUGGAGAAUAGCUUGCUCGAAGGACGGUCACGAAAGGCCACGAUUGUACGAUAAAAUUUCGUCACAUAUCGACUGGAUCAAGUCUACCAUUGGUUGAGAAAUCUGUUUGGGAUUUGAUAUGUGAUGAAUUCAUACUGUGAACAAGACUCAUGCUUGACGCACAUAUGACAAAUCAUGAAACAAACAUUAUAUUAACAUAUGGAACUGAUUAUCGAAAUUGUGAUAGAAAUUUUUAAUCCGUUACGCGCGACGAUAGUUACUGCACGCCGAUAGAGUCUCGCAUCCGUCUUGCACGAAUAUAUGUUAUUGUUAUCAAUACAUAAUUUUAUCAGGUACAAAAUGUCCUGAUCACUAGAACGUGCAAUCGUAUUCUUGUAAAUAUCUAAUUUUUUCUUUACUUAGGAUAUAUAGGAAAGUCUUUCGUUACCGUGGCAUAAUUUUUUAACUUAUUUUUCUCCCCCUACAUUUACUCUACCAUGCGUAUACAUAGUUGCUUUAUACGUUAUUUCUUAGAUUUAUAUCAUUAUUUUAUUUUAGUGUUUAUGAUUCAUUUACUUUUGUAAAAUCAUUAUACAUUAAAGUUUCCUAAAAUAGUAA